AAUGUAUCUAGAAUGAUAUCUCUUUAAGUAAUUUUCAUUUUUUCUAUUCCAGAGGCGGAGCAAUGGAUUACCUUGCUCCUGGCAAAAUGGAGCUCGAGGCCAUGAGUAGAUAUACCAGCCCAGUGAAACUGGCUCUCUUCCCCCACCUGACCACAGUGCUAUUGGCUGCUAGCAUAUUCUUUACCCUCUGGUUCUUCAUUUGCAAGGUUACCUCCCCCAAGUGCACUCUGGAUAUCUACAAAGAGUUCCUCAUCUCUUUGGUGGCCUCACUCCUCAUGGGAUUUGGAGUCCCCUUCCUGCUGCUCUGGGUCAGCAUGUACAUCUGA